AUGGUGACUGCCGGUUUGUGGGACUGUUUGAGCCGGUCGUACACGUUGACGAUACCGACGUUGUUUCCGAUGGCUAGCCAUCUCGUAUUAUGGCCGCCAAACCGGACCCUGGUGAUUCCCAAGCCGGAUUCGUCGGUCCAUCUAUCGAGCGACGCGCCUGAUUCCACGUCGAACUCCCAGACGUCGCCCGCCUUGUUGACAGCAACCAACACCGUCGGCGUUGUUGGGUCUGCAGACUGUGAAAAGUCAAAGUCCACCAAAGUUCCUUCGAUCUUGAAGCCUUUGAGCCAGAUACCUGUUUUCGGCGAGAUAACGUUGAUCCAGCCGGAGUUACCAGCCAGCCCGAUCCCCGCUGGCCACGUCCCAUUUGUGCAUGAACCGUCGUCUUCCUCCGGCGAAAAUGGUGUCCUGGUCGAACACGGCGGUCUGGAUCGGCGAGUUCCGCAGGUGCAGCGACGUCACCAGGUUGUUGGUCUUGCCGUCAAUGUGAAAUAUUCUCAGCGUGCGGUCGUAGCCUCCAGUCAUCAGCAGCGGCUGUGUCUGGUGGAAACUCAGCGUCUGAACUCCAACAGCGGGUUCGACGAGCCCAGAACGUCGGUCGUGCCUCUGGCGUCAUCCUCCGCGUCCGACUCGUGCUCCGACCCGCUCUCCACAGAGUCUGCCCACGCGGGUCUUGGAUGGAUCCGCUCAAACUGCUCCCGUAGCCGUUGCAAGUACUGUUUUCCUCUGAUCUUGGAAUCCUGCGGCGUGUGGCGAAGUUUUCUGAGAUUGUCUCUGUCCAACAGCGAGACUGUCACUUUCUCGUCGUCGCUGUCCUGCCAAACGGCUUCCUCGUCGCUGUACUCGCUGGCAGAGUCCGACUCCUGGCUGUCGGAGCCAGUGUCCAUCUUGUCCUCGUCGGACUCGUCCACAAAAUACAGGUCUGCGUCUGCCACGGCGUCCAUAUUGUUGUCGUCUGACUGCUCUUCGUCGUCGCCCGAGUCCUGGCUCGACUCGUGGUCCAGCUCAAAGCCCAGAUCCUCGUCCUCACUCGUAUCUCUAACAAUUAGCCGUGCCUCCUCAUACUACAACAAAUACACAUACCAGAUGUCGCCGGCCAUGCUGCGUGCCAGACAACCAUACUUCUGGAAGAACCUGGCCCUGUUCGGCGUCCUGGGUGGAAUCUCCUUGGGAAUCUACGCCUACACUUACUCGUUCCUCAUGAAGGACGACUUUGAGGACAUUCCUAUUCCGCCGAUCAGCGACGAGCAGCUCGCAGAGCUCAAGAAAGAGUACGAGGCUUCCAAAAAAUAA